AUGUUAUUUGUUGAAUUUAAGGUAACAAAUGCCAUAUAUGCUAACACAACACAUAUAUCCACCUACUCGAUCUGCCCUGAUUUGCAGUGUGAUUUCUCCCAAAUUGGAAGAACUGAAUUCGACAUAGAAAAUGUUGGUCCUUUUGUGGUAGACGUUAUUGACUCUGUGAAAGACUAUGUGGAGCUAAUGCAAAAAAUCUUCGACUUUGGGAAGGUAUGCUUUUUCACUUUAUGUAGUACAUCUCUCUCAAAGGAGCUGUGGGGUGGUUCAGUGGUUCUUUACAAAGCGAGAUCAACAGGUGACUAA